UUCAGGCCUUGUGGGCAGGUUUUUGACUAGGUAUGGGCUAUAAAUGUAAACAGACCUGGCAACCCUGAGUCUGGACUUCCUGUCGAGGCGGGGCUCAGCAGCAGCUAAGUAACAUCUGGCGAAGAGCUCGAGCUCUCCACCUCGGGCUGCAGAGACAUCUCUUAGCGACCAGCCCUGUGGUCGGCCUCUAGCCUGUCUAUGAACUGAAGUGCCUCAUUUCUAAAAGAACAGACCGUCCUCAUCAUGUCUGCGGCAGCUCCCAACAGUAAGAGCCAGUCCAGUCUCAGAGAAGACUUGACCUGCGCCAUCUGCUGUGACCUCUUUACUGAGCCGGUGAUGCUGGGGUGCAUGCAUCACUUCUGUAAGCACUGUAUCAGUACCUACUGGAGGGGUACCCAGACACCGGUUUCCUGUCCCCAGUGUAGGAAGGAGUUCACCAACAAACACUUCCAGACCAACUAUCUGGUGACGGCCAUGGUGGAGAAGGUUAGGGCCUCCACCUCGGACUGUUAUGUCCAGAAUAUACAGAAACAACAGAAGGAUUCGUUGGAGGCCCACAGACGGAGACGAGAGGAUUUCAUCACUGUUCUAAACGGAGACCAGGACAAGAUGGAGAGCAUCAAGAGAAUUGGCUCUGAGCUGCAGGUUAGGAUCCAAGGGGAGUUCCAGGCGUUGCAGGCCUUCCUUGCGGAGGAGGAGGCGUGUGUGUUGGAACGGCUGCGGAGGGAGCAGGAGGUGGCUCUGGAACAGCUGCAGCGCCACCUGGAGGCUGUCAGAGAGGCUGUCAGUCAGCUGGAUCACAGUAUGAGAAUCUUGCAUGAGGCUGCUACUACCACGCAACAGACUGGACUAGUAGAGCUUCCACAGAUACGGCCUCCAUUAGACGUGGGCCCAGGACCAGAGCUAGACUUGAAUGGCUUCAGCAGUAGAUACAUGGCCCCGCUGCAGUACAUCACAUGGAGGAAGAUGUUCAAGUCUCUCAAACCCGGUCCGGCCCCGGUAACGUUCGACGUGGACACGGCCCACCCCAGUGUCUACGUAUCCAGAGAUAGAACCAUCGCAGUAGACUGUGAUAGCAUGACCCCCUACCAGCCCAACCCUAAGAGGUUCCUACAGUCUGUCAACGUGCUGGGGGCUCAGGGCUUCCAAGAUGGACGCCACUACUGGGAGGUAGGAGUGGGCAGCAAGGCCAAGUGGGACCUGGGUGUGGCGUCGGAGAGGGUUGACCGUCAGGCCCGGGUCAAGCUGAGUCCUGAGAGCGGUUACUGGACCCUACGACUGAGGGAGGGAGACCAGUACUCUGCAGGCACACAGCCCUGGACACGGCUCCAGGUUGGCUGGUCUCCCCAGAGGAUAGGGGUGUUCCUGGACUGUGAUGAGAGGAAGGUGUCCUUCUAUAACGCUGAUGACAUGAGUCUCCUGUACUCCUUCAGUAACGGCCCCAGGGGCAGAGUGCUGCCGUUCUUUAGUCCCUGUGUCAAUGAUACUAACCGGAAACCACAGCCCAUACAGCUGCUGCACUAUCCUCCUGUUGACCUGACCCGUUAGGACAGGUGUGUCAAUGAUACUAACCAGAAACCACAGCCCAUACACCUGCACUACCCUCCUGUUGACCUGACCCGUUAGGACAGGUGUGUCAAUGAUACUAACCAGAAACCACAGCCCAUACAGCUGCUGCACAUAUCCUCAUGUUAGGACACGUGUGUAGAAGACUGGUGUAUCAAUGACUACAGUCAGAAACCAUAUCCCAUAAUGCUCCUCUUGGUCCUGACUGGUGUGUUUUGAGAUGGGGUUUCUCUGAUCCUUGGCUCUUGAUUUGCCAGUUGCUGUAAUAGUUUGCCCAAAGUGUCUACUGUUUGAGCUUCCCAAGUCUCUAAAUCACUAAAACGUAUCACUUCAUUCCUCCUGAGGCAUUUACUUCCAAAGGGUUUUGCAAUGGAACAGUUGCUAUAGUAAAUGUCUCAUCAGCAUGAUGCAUCAUGGGAAUCAGAAUGUGGUCUUAUUAUAAAGGAGUAGUACAAAUAUUGUAAUAAAUUCUGCUUUAGUGGCUAUGUGUACUUUUUGGGUGACUAAAUUCUCACAAAUGUGAGUUAUAGAUAUUUCAUUCUACUUACACUUUUUAGACUUGUUUAAGAUGUGUGCUAUUUCUAUGCUAAAGUUUUCUUUCUUGUGACUUUUGCUUUCGGUUUUGUACACCAGCUUCAAAAAGCUGAAACAACAAUAUUUUUGGUUAUGGAAGGUAUAUUUCACAGAGGUUUAGAAGGUACAGUGAUUCUCUACACUAUACUACCUUAUUUUGUCACACAAACUGGAAUUAGGCAAACUACUAGAGUUUUAGUCCACCUUUAAGUAUCAGCCUGUUGCUCUUGACAAAAUGGGUCCCGUUGUCCAUUUAGUCGAUGUUUCCUCCUGUGUUUAAGAGUCACUGUAGAUGUGUGUGUAUAUAUAUAUAUAUAUAUAUCAUAAUUACACCACCUUUAAAUCCCCCUGCUUUCUCAUCGGGGCUUAUGUUAUACCUUCUCACCAUUUUAUGUGAUCUCUAUUUUUAAUUGGUUCAAUAUAGCUUUAAAAGUGUUUUAUUUCAUCACAGUACUUUUUAAUUUUGUUUUUGAGUUCUUUGCGAUCAUUAU